UUCUCCUUGGACUUGGACCAGUUUCUUGAACUCCCGGCAAGCCUCACGGCAAACGGUGACGAACUCCCCUUUUUCCGUGGUUUGUUUUCUUUUUCCAGUUUUUUGGUUUUUCCGGACGUGUUUUUUGGAAUCGGUGCUCGGUUGAUUGGCGGAUCCGUGACCAUCGACCGCGUUUUUUACUUUUUGUAGUGUGUUGCGAUUUGAGAUCAGUGCAAAGUGCAGUCUUGACGUAGCCAAAAUAAAACAACAACAUCAACACAAAAAAAGAGUGCAAAGUGUGACCUGUGUGGUGGCAAAGCGAAGAACAUAACUCAGUUAUUGCCAAGGAACCUGUUUGAAAACGUGCGGUUGGAUUGGAUUGGAUUGGAUUGCAUAUCUUUUUGUGCUUCAGCCUGUCGUCGUGAAGUCCGGGUCGUAUUUUAAAGAUCACUAUCUGCGCUGGUGGAGAACGGAAAAGUUGGAAAUCAGAUUAACGAAAAGCUCUAAUUAGCAGCAGAAGCAGCAGUAGCACCACCACCAGUAGCAACGUCAGAAGAGAAGUGAAGCGAACAGCAAAAAAAAAUCGGAAGUUUGAAGAGUUAUCACUGGAUCUCAAGUGUUGGAGAAAAAAAAGUCUCGUAGUUUGAAGGCACAAGCAUAGGCGAGUCAAGUGUUUGGAAUAAAUUAGAAAAAAAAAGUGCAGCAACCGAACAAAACGAAACGACUAUACAUACAGUGCAGCUGGUAGCCAGUGUUUGGCGCGGCAACAGCAUCACCACCAGAGCAUAGCAUAGAUCCUAUCUAGUGCAGAGUCGUGGCUUGGUGAUCCAGUUCGGAACGAUGUGGAAGUCGGCAGCUGUAAUACUGAUGGCAGCGGCGGCGCUCUUUCUGAUCGAGGCCAGCUAUGCAAAAGAAGCUACACCCGCCCUGGUAGACACAGAAUCUGCCAGCCGACAGAGCAAAGCCGUUUCCACACACUGUCCACGUUCCUGCCCGCUGGCAUCGACCCCCCAGGAACCGGUCUGCGGCAGCGAUGACCUAAUCUACGCCAACAGCUGCGAGAUGAAGAAGAAAACCUGUACGAAGAAUGCACCGAACACGGUGACGGAGAACAAGAAAGGCUGCGAACGAUCCCAGGGUUCCCAGUGCUCGCACCGAUGUCCAACGGAGAAGGAUCUGGUGUGCGGAACUGAUGGCAGAACGUACCUGAAUCGGUGCAUGUUGCGAGUUCAGGCAUGCCGAGUUGGAAUUGCUGCUGUCUCAUUGGCCCACGUCGGACCCUGCGCCAACGGAAGCGUCAUCCGGGAAUCCUGUCCAGUGGAUUGCAACAGUGCCCCUCAGGAUGGACCGGUUUGCGCAUCGGACGGAAACGUGUACAACUCGACCUGCCAGAUGAAGCUGAUGACUUGCGGACAGGGUGUGGUUAGAACCAGCCGAAAGCACUGCCAAAGCACACGGAACUGCCGUGAAUCUUGCUGGAGAGUAGCGCGACCUACCUGCGGAUCCGAUGGACGCCUGUACGCCAGCGCCUGUAAAAUGCGAUCCUCCAACUGUGGUAAGCACGUUUUCGAAGUGCCCAUCUCGUACUGUAUGUCCCAGGAACGUGCCGGAGGAAGCUCGAUGGCCGCUACCAACAAGAUUGAAGACUGUCCAACGGAGUGUUCCCGAGAGGCACAACAAAUGAUCUGCGGUAACGACGGUAACGUAUACACGUCCAUGUGUGAACUGAAGAUGCUGAACUGCGGACAGCGUAAGAAGAUCCAACCUGUUUCAGUCGACCGGUGCAAGCAGAAACUAAGCCGCUGUAAAUCUAUCCCGGCCUGCAAACAUCACAGCAAAAACGGUGUCUCGAUGUUCGGUGAUCAGAAGGAUCUGCUGUGCGGUACCGAUUCGCGGACAUACCACAAUGAGUGCGAACUAGCGAGGGCAACCUGUUUACGCGGCGUCCAGCUGGCCCACAUUGGAGCAUGUACACAACUGAAGACGAAAACGGACAGCAGCGAAUGCUCGAUGUGCACCUUCGAAGAUGAACAGCUCGGCCCGAUCUGCGGAUCCGACGGAAACACGUACCGAUCCAAGUGCGAACUUAAACAGAAAACCUGCGGUCUUCGGGUGGUGCCGGUAUCGCUGAAGAAUUGCGCCACCACAGCUCAGUGCGAAUCCAGCUGCGAAUCGGUGCCAACGAGCUACAUCUGCGGCUCGGACAACAAACUCUACCCGAACGAGUGCUUCAUGAGGCGGGAGAACUGCGGCAAGCAUAUGUUUAUCGUACCGAUGAAGCGCUGCUUGGCGGCAUUCACCUUCAAGGGCUGUUCGCGAAUCUGUCCGCAGGAAUUCGAACCCGUUUGCGGUACCGACGGAAAGACCUACUCGAAUGAGUGCUUCCUGAGCAUCGAAAACUGCCGAUCUCGGUCGCAGGUGCAGAAAAAACACAUAGGUCCCUGUGGACGACCUGAGGAACCAUCGCACAAUUAUCUGUACUGAACCAACAACUCUUCCGAUUGCCACACAAAUCAGUCAUUGCCCUUCGGCCUCCCCUCCGCACUAGAGCCCCACUCUGCCACAAGCGGUCCUUAUCUUCACUGUCUAGCUGUUAGGACUGUUUAGGAAUAGUAUCGUAAUUUGAAGAAAUGUUCUAAAACAACCCUUGCCUAAGGGAGGUGGAGGCUAUGGAAGGAAAAAGGACAAGUACGUUUUGUAGCAAACUGCCACGAAAUUUCGCGAAAAGAACUGAACAAAACAAGACUUUUUUGAUAAAAGAAGAAAAAACGAAGAAAUCUUUUCGACCUAACUAUUUUUUUUUCUCGUAAAAUGUACACUUUUUCUACCCGAAAGUCAAAAUAUGUUUCACUUUAACUAUUGCGAAACUGUUUUUAAAAUGGAAAAGGCCACCCGAACCACGGAUGCCAGCUCUUUUAUUAGUUCAAAUGCUAAGUUUUAGUUUUUAGAUAACGUGUAAAAAGGAACGAAAAUUUUCAGUGUUUUUAAACAGUAUAAUUUUGUAGUCAAACGAUAGUUCGAGUACUAAAACAAACAAAAAAACAUGUAAUUUAUUGCCUAAUUAAUAAUAACAAAAAAACAAA